GAUACUUCUACUCUCAUAAAUUAUAGAUUCGAGAUUCCAUUUCCGUUUCCCUCCUCGUUUCGUUUGACUUAUUCGAUUCUAUCGCGUAGUUGCAGUUGCAGACCAAAAAAUGAGAGCUACAAGCAGAAGAGGAAGAGGAGGAGGUGGAGGUGGAGGAUUCCUCCUUCUCUUUCUUAUAACCAAUCUUUCUCUGCCAACUCUCUCCGAAUGUUCACGCCAAUGCAAAGCCUGGCUCGUCCAGUCAAUCCCCACCGAUAUGCCCCACCUCCCUCGCGUCCCCGGAGUCCUCUCUACUGGAGACGUAUUCCGGUGGCUGCCCGGGAACUCUACUCAUCGAUUGGACAUAAUCGCUCAGUACUGGCAGCUCGUAGCGUCUCCUAAAGAUCCUAGCUCAGGGGAUUAUGGAUACUCCAAAAAGGAUUUACAGAGAUUUGGUGCUAAGCAAGGUGCUGAUGUUUAUAAAGCUUUAGACAAAGCUGCUAAUCGAAAUGUUAGCAUCAGGUUAGUAUCCCACUCGGGUGUAUAUCCUGACUAUACCAAAGAACCAACGGACCUUGCUUCAGGAAGGCCAAACGUAAAGAAUGUGACCUUGUUACUUGAUCAAUGGUGGGGUUCAGGGAUAGUUCACGCUAAAGUAUGGAUUUCAGAUCGUCGAGAUGUUUAUAUUGGAUCUGCAAAUAAUGACUGGAAAUCUCUAACUCAGGUGAAAGAAGUUGGAAUUUAUCUCGUUGGCUGUCCAAGAGUAGCCAAAAAGGUGGAAGCCUACUUUAACAACUUAUGGGCACUCGCAGCUCUCAAUUCUUCACAUCUCACCAGAACUAUAUCUGAUCACCAGUGGCAGAUUGAUAGAAAAGUGCCUUGUUGGUCACAUUUCAUUGAAACAGACAGCAGGUGUAGGGCACCUUUUCCCCCCGUUGUGGAAAUUCCCCAUGUAGUGGGAUACCCUACCAUAUCAGAUCCUGUUAUGUUUAAAUUACCAAUUCAAACUCCUGGAAACAACUAUUCAACUUCGCAGCUUCAGUCCAGCUAUCUGUCCUUCUCCCCACCAGAGAUAUCGUUUGGCAGGUACCAGACUGAUGAGCAGGCAUGGUUGGAUACUAUUAAAUCUGUUAGUACCGGAGCCACUUUAAGGAUAAGUACUAUGGAUUGGCUUGGUCAAUCUCAAUAUAUGAAACAAACAGUUUACUGGUCAUCCCUUUCCUCUGCAGUAUCUGAGGUUGUGUUCGCAAAGCAGGCAAAAGUGAAGAUAUUGGUGGCAUACUGGGAUCAUUUCAUCAACAACACAGAUCAAUACCUGAAGUCACUCCUCUACUCUAAUAUACUAUGCUCUUCAUCUAAAUACAAUAAAUGCCGUGGGAAAGUUGAGAUCAAAUACUACAUGGUUCCGGGUUUCAACUUGACCGGACCGGCCAUUAGCCAUGGGAAGAAGACUGGAAAUGUUUACCCUGCUUAUACCAGGGUGAACCAUGGAAAGUAUGCAGUGAGUGAUGUACGAGCUCAUAUUGGAACAAGUAAUCUAGUGUGGGAUUACUUUUACACAACGGCAGGAGUGAGCUUCGGCACUAAUAACUCUGCCCUUGUUUCUCAGCUGCAACAUAUCUUUGAUGCCGACUGGAAUUCCCCUUAUGCGAUGCCUAUUGAAGAUUUGGGAGACGGUUGUUCUUGUUCAAGUUAAUGUUUCACUCCCAACUUUUCAGCACUUCUGCUGGGCCCACUUCUAAUGUGUACAAUUAUUAGUCCAUAGAAAGGACAGCUUUUAAAUAAAGCUUAUGUAAGCAAAUUAUAGAAGGGAAAUUUGAGUUUUUAUGUUU